AUGUUUCUUUACAAAGCUCGUUCUUUUCCUUCUGGGUCAACUAUAUGCGGACCUCCUCUUAAUAUUUUAACUCGUUUAAUAAUGUUUAUUCAACUUCAUUUUUAUUAUACUGUUCCGGAAUUCACAGAAUUUUGGUGUCAACUCUAUGGGGACAGAGUUGGAGUAUGGAUGAAUGGAGGAUACACAAUUAUUACUUGUGAUGCGGAAUUUGCUCAACAAAUUCUUUGCGGAGUUAAUUCAAAAAACUUUAUUAUAAGAAUGGGUAAUGAUGAUGGUCUGAAAGAAAUUGGAAUGUAUCAGAGUGGCAUUAUUUGGAAUAACGAUGUUUCGAAAUGGACACUUCAAAAACGUAUAUUUCAAGCUGGAUUAGACUCCAAUGCCCGACAAAGAGCUUCGAUCAUUGCAAUAGAAAAAACUCAGCAAGAAAUUAAUCGUAUUAAAAUUUCCGCUUUAAAAGAAAAUAUACCGACUGUCGAUCUUUUAAAUGUAUUUCGUCAUAUUACUCUUGCGAUUACUCUUGAAGUGACCCUUGGCAUUCAACUUGACUAUGAAAAAUCACAAUACUUAAUUGACUGUAUUGUUGAUUAUUUUAAAGCAUGGGAAUUUUUUUUAUUAAAACCACGUUUCAUAUGGUAUUUAUUUCCUUUACAUUUAUUUCAUCACCGAAAAUCCGUUUUAAAACUUCGAGAAGAAAUUCAAAACAUUAUAUCGACACUCGAUCCGCAAAAAACCACAUUCUUGCGUCAACUUUAUAAUAAUAACUUGACAAAUGAAGAAAUUCAACAAAGUAUUCUUGAAAUGAUUCUUGCGGGCACAGAUACUUCUUCCGUUAGCUUAUAUUAUACCAUAUUGCUUCUUAUUGAAAACAAAAAAGUCGCAAACCAAUUAGUGGAAUCUUUAGAUGAUUCCCUUUUAGAAGCUGUUUUACGAGAAGCUAUGAGACUAAUGCCUGUAGGGCCAGUUAUAAUUAGAAAAUCUUUGAAUGACUGUGAAAUUUCAGGAAUUCAAAUUAAAGCAGGAACAAAUAUUGUAAUCAGUCUCGCUCGUAUGAAUCGUAACGAAAAGUGGUUUGAAGAUCCGCUUAAAUUCGACCCACAACGUUUCAUAAAUAAUGAGGAUUUGGCCAAACUUUCUGCACCAAUGGGUCAGGGACCAAAAUCAUGUGUAGGUCAACGCCUAGCAAUGGUUGAAAUGAUGGCUAUUUUACCCGAGCUUCUCAAAGAAUUCACAUUUACAAGGAUUGAUGAUACAAAACCGAUAAUUGACACAAGGACUAGAUGGGAUAUAGCUCAACAACCUGUCUCUAAAGAAAUUCUUAAUGUACUUCCAAGAAAAAAAAUUGUUUUUGUUGGAGCUCAUAGCGUUGGUAAAACGACAAUAGUAAAGUUUAUUAAGAGUCGUAUGAAUGGGACUACAAUUAGUGAGACAGCGAGACAUUUGUUGAAAGAAUUAAACUUAAAUGCAGAUAUUCUUAAAAACGAUCCUGAUAAAUCAUUGGAAUUUCAGGAGGCCAUAAUCAAGGCUCAGUGCAAAAGGGAAGAGGAGGUUGAACACGAAUUUGCGAUUUUGGAUCGAAGUGCAUUGGAUGCUAUAGUAUAUGCCCGGAC